UGAAGUCCAUAUAUCUUCAAGUUGCCAAGGCUGAAGAGCACUGCUCCAAGGGGUGCAAUCCGGUACCUUUAGAUUGACUCAUAACUGUUCAUUUACACUUUCCUGGUGUGAGACGCUGCUUUUACAGAGUGGGCUACUUGGAAGGAGGAGAGGAGGAAGAAAAGGCAAACCCAUCUGGAAAAGGAGAAAUCCUCAGCCUUCUUCCCCAAGGGAGAGAGCAGAUUUCUUGACAAAGAAGAGUUGGGGGAACUGUCCUGAAAGUCUUUGUUGAAAAACACACUGUCUGCUGUUAUGUAUGCUGAACCAUCCACCAUGAAUUUCCGGAACCAUGGGUUCUUUCGCCGUUCUCCACCCACUUCAGUGGCAAAGCCAUCUCCUGUUGCUGGGAACACAUUGUCGGUCUUAGGAGGCAUUGCUCAAAUCUCUCCUUGUCUCUAUCUUUGCUCUGGCAAUGCUGCAUCGAAUAGACACAUGGUGUAUUCCCGGGCAGUGACCUGUGUAGUAAAUGCUACCAUGGAAAUCCCCAAUGCCAACUGGCCAGAUAUUGACUAUGUAAAGGUGCCUGUUCCGGACCUCCCUCACGCUCCACUGUCUUUGUACUUUGACUCCGUGGCUGAUAGGAUACACCAGACAGGGAAGAAGAAUGGAAGAACUCUAGUCCACUGCGUGGCAGGUGUCAGCCGGUCUGCCUCCCUCUGUAUUGCUUACCUAAUGAAAUAUCAUCGGUUGAGCCUUUUGGAUGCUCAUGAGUGGGUGAAGAGCAGGCGACCGGUUGUAAGGCCCAAUGUAGGUUUCUGGAGACAGCUCAUUGAAUAUGAACGCAAGCUGUUUGGCAAGAACACCGUCAAGAUGGUGCCUUCACCCAUUGGGUUGGUUCCAGAUGUCUAUGAAAAGGAGACCCGUGGGCUGGUCCCCUUGUGGAAUUUGAGAUAAAGAUUAUCAUUGAAAUGGGCUGUGGGCCACCUUAACAUAGAAUGAAAAAGUUCCACCUUAUUCGGAUGUUUAACAGGACUGUUCAAUGUGGUGGAUCUUAAUAAGAAAUUCUGUUUAAUGGUAGUCUUUUUCUAAGAUCUUGCAAUAUGAGUACAGUAGAUCAUGGAAAAGAAAUGAGUUGUUUGAACUUUUCAGUGUGAUAAGACAAUGUUGUUUGUUAUCAUCCUAUCAAACAUUGCUAAGAAUCUGUAUCUUGCUUACCGUCUGAGAUGAGAAAUGGUUAAACACAAACGUACAGGCAGUAAAGAUUAUUGUACUAUCACAGAUUCCAAGGUCUUGCUACAUUAAUCUUUGCAUAGUAAGGAGAAAUAUAUUUCCCCUUUCCUCCCCCUUCUGCUUCAAGAGUUUCAGAAAUCCUUCCUUGGGGUUGCUUUAACUUGAAUAAGCACAAUACACUUUCAUUUCUGGAAUGUUAAGCCCUAAGGCGAUGUGAAUUAAAACAAUGAUUCAUCCAAAGAUUCAGGAUUUUGAGGAAUGCACCUAAACUAAACAGCAAUAGCCAAGAAGCUGAGGAUGACACAACUAUCACCAAUAGGAAUAAGAUGUCAAAUCUACAAGGGAAUGUUAUUUCAUACAUACAUUCACUAAGCAGGUUGCAACUUGGCCAAGGUAUUCCACUCUUGUGGGGAAGAUAGGAGUUUUUGAAUAUUGGCUCAGGUUAACUCCAACAGGGUGAUAUAAUUGGAUAGGGGUUGAAGAACAAAUAUGCCAAUCAAGCCUUCUUCAUACCCCUUGUUAAGAUUCAAAAGUAUGUAUCAGGGAAGUUUUUUCAACACACUGCACCUUAAAAAAGUGAAAAAGAGAACAUCUUGAAAGUUAACACUUUCAGUCAGGCUAGAAGUACGACUUCAAAAAUGUUUAAAACUACAUAGUGAACAAGUAAUAGUCAUAAUUUGGUGUCAGCAAGCAGUCCUGUAGUUUUGAUUAUGUGAUUUGUAGUAUUUUGUAACAGGAUUCCUAAGUAAAGCCUUUUUAAUAAUAUAAAUAGGAAGGUGUAUCCAGAACUGAGUGAAUAUCGAGGUCUAAGUGUGGCACUGUGUUUCUUAACUUUGGCAGGUUUAAGAUAUGUUGACUUCAAUUCCCAGAAUUCCCCAUCCAGUAUGCCUGGCUGGGGAUUCUGGGAGUUGAAGUACACACAUCUUAAACCUGCCAAAGUUGAGAAACACUAGUCGAGGUAUCAGAUAGGUGGGGUGUCAAACCAGUCACCAUAUCAAAAUGGUUUAAAUUAAUUAUUGAAGCAUGGGUUUGGACAAUACAUCCAUAAUAAUUAUAAGAAGAUGUAAUAAAAAUGGGGAAAGAAUGAAUCUAAUUCCCUUUAGAUAUGUGGGAAUGGUAACUCCCAACUUUUGUAGUCAGUGUAUCCUUGAUCAGUUGUCAUUCCAGCAUACUGAGAGGGAGAACAAUGUUUAAAGAAAGCUGUCUUAGAACUCUAUUAGGAACAAAUUCUGGAGUAAGAUGUCAUCCUAAAUGGAAGAGGUCCAGAAGAGUUUCUGCAUAAACAUCACACAAGCAUAGUCAAAUCUAUAACCAACACGUGGGUCUAUGUUUAUGAAAGGAACGGCUUAGCAGCAUUUCCUAACUAUUCUUCUGUCCAGAACAAAGGUAAUUCAUUCCCAUCUAAGAUUGUUUGAUUAUAUUGACUUUCAAUACAAUUGCUAACUGGGUGUUUAACUAAACAGUAACUUAAGUUUUAUAUGGGAGUUGAAGUCCACAUUUUUGCUGAGAUUGAGAAACAUUGUUCAUCUAAGCAAGCAAUUCAGAAAUCUAUUUCAUUUAUGUAGAUAGAAAAUAGUCACUUCCCACAUUUACAAACUGAAAGGACAGUACGUUUUUUGGAAGCAAAGUUGUCUUUCUUACAGAUCUUAUUUUUUAAUGGAUAUGUAACAACUUGGGUAUCUGCCAUGAAAAAUGUCUCAUAUUUUGGCAUUUUACAUGGGAACGAGGAUAUGAUAAUACAGGGAUGACUUUUUUUGUCAGGAAGAAAACUCAGAUGGAUUAUUUUAACUUUUCAUUUGUACAUGGUUCUAGCACUUCCUGCUCUGUAAUUAUUAAUGCCUCUAAAUUUGUCUAGAGAAAGACAAUUGCAUAUAUAUGCGCACAGUUUUGCAUAAAUCUAAAAUGGCUAGAAGUGAUCCACCUCCUUAUCAAUCAGAAGGAAACAUAAAUCUCCCCAAAUUGCAAUCUCCCUCCCACUCUCAAUAUUUGCUUCAUUUUAUCAGGGUUCAGAGACUAGAUAGGGUCAGAUCUUUGUAAUAUUUAGAUAGAAAUCAUUAUUGGUAUCUUAGACUCCAGGAAGUCAACAAAAGACAAGCUCAACUCGAAGGAGCAUUUUUAAUCUCCCAAAAUGCUCAAAUCUGAAUGGGUGAUAAAAACCUUUCAAAGACUGAAUAUGACAUUAGCAGAAUUGUACAGGUGUUCAGAGCAUACCUUCCUUGCAAAGUAACUUUUGGGUAGCACUUCAAGAGGCUUCCAAGAAAGAAUUUGUUCCAGGGUUUUACACACAAGCUGGUCUUCCUUUCAAAUGGUAAAUGUGUGUAUAUAAUAAGUUCUCUAAGGCGCUGCAUCUUAGCCUUGGCCACUUGAAGAUGUGCGGGCUUCAAUUCCCAGAAUUUUGGGAUUUGAAGUCCACACAUUUUCAAGUCUCCAUGGUUGUGAAACAUUAAUCUAAGGUCUCUCUAUACAUUGUACAUAGAAAAGAGCUAUGUCAAUAUAAAAAGUUCUGAUGUCUUUUGACUUCAGUGGCAAAAAGGUCUAUAUAAAAAUAAAAAAGUG